AUGACCACACCUCAAUAUCAAGAAUCUCUCGAACACAUAAACAAUUUUGAAAUAUUUACUCGUUCAUGGGAAGUCCCUUCACCAAAAGCAAUAUUAUUUUUCCAACAUGGCUAUGGCGAGCAUUCAGGUCGUUAUAUAGAGAACAUAGGUAACUAUUUUAGUACAAAGAAUUAUACCGUUUAUAUGAUGGAUUUACCUGGUCAUGGAAAGUCAAGUGGUCUCCCCAAUACCGCAAAAACUUAUAUUGAUUCCUUUGAGACAUACAUAACGACUGUAAAUGCUUUUAUUGACAUGCGAAAAGCUCAGUUAUUGCAUACCAAUAUCAACGUCCCACUCUUCUUCUCGGGUCAUUCAAUGGGUGGGUUAAUCACUUGUAUGCUCUCUACACGACGUAACGACAUCACUGCAUUUGUCGCAUUCUCCCCAGCUUUGGUCCUCAACAGUUUGUUAGUUCAACUGUUCUUUUGGGUGUUUUACAUUCUCGCCUUCUUCUUCCCACAGAUCAUCAUCAAAACAACUCCACCAGAUACUUUCUUCACUAACAAACAAAAGGCAAAAGACUUCGAAAAAGACCCACUCGAUUUAUGCUCAUGCGCUUGUGUGAAAACAUCUUUAGAAAUGCGAAAAUUCGGUGCACUUGAAAAGGAAAAGGAUGUCACUGUUCCAAUGUAUUUACUCCAAGGCGCCCAAGACGCUUUGGUCAAAGUCGAUGGCGCAAGAGAUAAGUCUAAACACUUCAAAAACAAGUUCUCAAAAUACAGCGAAUAUCCAGCAGGUAACCACACACUCUUAGAAGAAGAUUAUUAUCUGGAAAUAGUCGAAGACGUCGAGAAGUGGCUCGACUCUCUCAUCAACCAAAAUUAA